AUGUUGAACAGGUUGCAAGGUGGAGUUGCCGGUAAUCCAGCCGGACCAAGGGAGGAAGCUCCGAAUUUUGAACAGUUAACUGAUGGGUAUGUUAAUCAAUCGAAAUUUCAUGGAAAUAAGAAAACUGAUUUCGCUCAUCAAUCAGUUCAAGGUCCACAAUUCAAUCAGAUUGGUGAACAGAAUUUCAUUGUAGAGAAUAUUAGAUCAAGAAGCGCAGAUCGUAGUCCAGCUGAUCCGAUCAAUUCAACAAGUUCUUGUCCAGAAACAAUAUGUCCAUCAAAUGAUAUGAGUUCAUUUAAAGGUGUUCAAGGUGAAAAUGGAUCAAAUGAAUGGUGUAAUCGAUCAUGUAAAACUGUCACCGGGAUUACAGGGUUAAAAGGAGUAAAAGGUUCAAAAGGGGAUAAAGGAGAUACACAGUUUUUAUCAUUUUCAAAAGCUUUACAAUUAAUUAAAUACACUUUAAACAUUACACCAUCAAAUUAUUUUCAAAAAGGUCAAAAAGGUGAUAGAGGUGAUAGCAUCUCCAAAGAACUCAUUCAACAAAGAAUACAUUCACAAAACGACAGAAAAUUGCAUCGAAGUAAACGAGCACCACCACCACCGCAACAACAACAACAACCAGGAGAUUAUGAUAGUCUUCCGUUAGGAAUUAUUAAUCCUUCACAAGUAAAUAAAAAGAAACAAGUCAAACAUUCAUUCAUCAAGCCCAAACGACAAUCAAUACAUGAGUCAAAUACAUUAUUCACUGGAUCAAGUUUUACAAAUUUUGGAAAAAAACAAAAAAUUCUAGGUCUCGGUAAUUAA